CCAUCAUAUAGGUCUGCUGGCAUCUCUUCUCUCGUGCUCUUCGUACCAGGCUUCAUAGCCAGGACCGCUCCAUUCGGCAGCACCUGACUGAUUUUUUCAUUCGACUUCCUCCACAAUGACUGCCACCCUCAAGCCGAUCAAGCGUGUCAAGUGCACGUACCAGGACUGUCAAGCUUCCUUCGACACCGAGAAGGAGAUGAAGCGGCACAAAAAGUACUCAGUGGAACACGAUUACUGCCAAAAAUGCGAUGAAGACUUCGAAUCUUAUGAUGAGCUAGCCAACCACAAAGCCUACCGCCCAGACAAUCACGGUAAGGCCUGUCGAGUAUGCGGUGAGGAGUUCAAGUCUGUAUCCGGCCUGAAGCGCCAUAUUGAGCUCGCCCAUCGCGUGGAUCAGAAACUUCCUUGCAUAGGCUGCGGCGAGGAGUUCUAUCGUGCUUCCCUCCUCAUCGAGCAUCUAGAAUUCGGACACUGCUCCAUGAUAUCCUCCUCGCAAUUCCAGGGGCAUAUCGUGCACAAAUUUCUCAUCACUCAGCUCUUAAAAGGUGGCCCGGAGUAUGACCGGUUCUUGCAGAAGAUCUCAAAGCACAAUGCGGCUGUAGAUGAUGAAGACAGCGGCGGAGUGUCUCUUGGGCUCAUGGAUGAGGAAGCUGAAGAACUCCAUGAUGUCGAGUUCCAAGCUAUCAAGCCCGACAUCCCAGCCGAGUCUAUUAAUCUUGCCGAUAAGAUUCCAAAGCCUUGGCCUCUGCUACCGUCUCAAGCGAAGAGUGUCGAUGCAGACUCGGGUUUGCUUUCCCCGUUCUCCAAAUUGUCUGUCGAUGGAGAUGACGACUCAACCGCAGUGGCGAGCACAGCCGAUGAAAGCUAUGUCUCUGCAACCAGUAGACAAUUCAAGGUAUGGGGUAGUGGCAGAUCCUCUAGCACCCUUUUUCCGAAGGCGAAACCCACACCAACAGAAUGGUCCAUUGCCGAGCACGACCAGCAGCUUGAGGAAGAGCAUGGAAUCAACAUCCUGGCGACUCGUUUCUGGGACCCAACGAGCACCGACUACAACGCAGAGCGAUUCUUUGAGCCUAUUACCGGUGCGUACCGUUGCCCUUUCCCAUGCGAGCAGGCAUUCGACAUCCCCGCUGACCUCAACAAACACAUCAUGGACGACCAUCGAAUUACAACCAUGCGUUGCCCAUCCUGUCUAAAGAAAUACAGGUCGGCCACGGCUUUGGUCGCCCACUGCGAGAGUCGUAGCAGCAAGUGCAGGGUCAGCCAAGCAGAAGACUUUAAUGUGUUCCUAGACAGACUGACUGGAGGUUUCCUCAGUGUCGAUGAGAAGACCCGUCCCGAGUUCAUAUACAACCCCACGGUCACCUUCAGGAACUCCGAGACGGGAGUCGUAGAGCGGUACAAGCCUCCAACAGCAUCAUAUCUCCAGUACGAAACUACCAAACCUGCCGAUUGGAAGGAGCCGGAGCGUAAGACUGGGUGCACUAUCGGAGGUGGAGGCGGGAAUCGCGUUGGUCUUCCCCCAGCCUGGAAGUGAUUUAAACGAUCGAGUUCCGGAUGUUUCUCUGCGGGUCUUUUUAGUGUCCAGGUGGCUAGUCGGCGGCACUCUCAGAUCUUCC